AAAUUAGUUUUCUCCGCCCGUGUGGGGCCUUUGUUGAAUCGCCACCCUUUAGGGUUUCGGGGUUUUUGAUUUCAAGGAUUAAAAACCUAGCAACUGUACUUCCUUUCUUCUCUAGCGGCUACGGCGGAAGUUGGGGAUUCGAUCUAUUCCCUUCUUCGAUCAAGCACAAAGAAAUGGCACCUAAAAGAGGUGGAAAGGCCCCUGCACCGGCUAAGAAGAAGCCAGAAAAGGUAGUUAACCCAUUGUUUGAGAAGCGCCCCAAGCAGUUUGGUAUUGGUGGUGCAUUACCACCAAAAAAGGAUCUGCAUAGGUUUGUCAAAUGGCCAAAAGUUGUCCGUAUUCAAAGGCAAAGGAGAAUUCUAAAGCAACGAUUGAAGGUUCCACCUGCUUUGAACCAAUUUACGAAGACACUUGACAAGAAUCUUGCAACGAGCCUUUUCAAGAUGCUACUCAAGUAUAGACCUGAGGACAAAGCUGCUAAGAAGGAAAGGCUUCUUAAAAGGGCACAAGCUGAAGCUGAAGGGAAGACCGUUGAGGUAAAGAAGCCCAUUGUUGUGAAAUAUGGCCUCAAUCACGUCACCUACCUUAUUGAACAGAACAAGGCCCAGUUGGUUGUUAUUGCUCAUGAUGUGGAUCCAAUUGAGCUUGUAGUUUGGUUGCCUGCAUUGUGCCGGAAAAUGGAGAUUCCUUAUGCAAUUGUGAAGGGGAAAUCACGUCUAGGAGCGAUUGUUCACAAGAAAACUGCUGCUGCUUUAUGCUUAACAUCAGUGAAGAAUGAAGAUAAAUUGGAGUUCAGCAAGAUUGUGGAGGCAGUAAAGGCCAACUUUAAUGACAAGUUUGAUGAGCAACGUAAGAAAUGGGGAGGUGGCAUCAUGGGUUCGAAGUCUCAGGCAAGGACUAAGGCGAAGGAGAAGCUCUUGGCCAAGGAAGCAGCUCAAAGGAUGUCAUGAGCCCAUUCAGUUGUUAACCAUGGUAGCUAGAACACCUUAUGAACUUCAUAUUAUUUGUAUGUCCUUAUUUGGUUUUGGUUGGGGAAGUUUACAUAUUUUUUUGUAGCCUUGUUAACAACUUAUGUUUUUGGUUCUUGCGCCCAUGAGAAAUUUUGUAUCGUUUUUGUAGCUCAGCAGUAGUAAGCUAAAGCUCCAGACUUCACAUUCA